GUUUUAUUUGAUAAUGCUAAACAGUAGAUUAAGGCUUUAUAUCUUAACAUUAUGCUGUUUGUUUGAAUGUCUUUUCUUGUGUUGACUCAAGAGAAAAUCUUUUAUGCAGUGGUAAUGAAAGUGUCGCCUUUCGCCAUUGGUCGGAUUUCCUCCCUGGUAACAAUAUUGACAUGUGGAAACUGACGCUCUUGCGCUGCAAUUAAAUUUCAAUGGAAACUCGUGGCUAAUAGGUUAACAAUAUACAUUAUUAAUACACAGCUAUUGAUGUUUUUCAUCAAAACUUUGGAUCACUGAAAUAUUUUAUCAUGGAGGUAGAUAUUUUAUGAUGCAGUGGUGAAGUAAUUAAUCCGGGAUUAAUUACAACAUACAUCAGAGAAACAUUUUGUUAUACCUGUACAUAGGAACUCUUCAAUUCAAAAUGCCAAAGAAAGGAAACCCUGCGGAUUAUAAUUCUAGCAUCUUUUCUCCCCGUUUACCGGCUAUAAGGCCAAAACUUUUCAAGGAAAAUCGUCUUCAGUUGUUUGAAAUUAUUAAGGAUGCUGAAAAAGAUUACAGAUUUAAAAAAGAUGAAGUUUUCAAACGGAUGAAGGUCACCACAUUUGUACAGUUGAUUGCACAAGUGGCUGAGUAUGAGGCCAGGAACAGCACACAGUCUACAAUAGGUAAUGGUAAUUACACUGAUCGGCCAGACACGGCUGAUCUGGAGGUUCAGCACAUACAGAGGGGGAGCCCCGCCCCCUCACUGGCGGUCACUGAGGGGGACUACGGUGAUGGACCCCGUACGGGGGCCAGGUCAACACUUCAGGGAGUUGUGAAGGGGGUGGGGGAGAUAGAUUCUGCACGGCCACCCCAGGCCCCCUCCAAGGUGGAACAGUUCAGCUGUCCGUAUCUAUUGCUGGACAUCAGGGACACAGACUCCUUUGAGGACUGCCACAUCAUCACAGCAAAAAAUUACCCGACAUCAAUGUUAUCCAGGGCCACCAACUACGAAUCUAAAGACAUGCUAGCAUUUAAAAACCAGCCAGGAAAAAUCAUAGUUAUAUAUGACGAAGACGAACGACUGGGACCAAAUGCAGCCACGACCCUGGUACAGCGCGGCUACGAUAACCUGUUCUUAUUAUCUGGAGGAAUGAGGAUAGCCUAUCGGUACUUCCCUGAUGGUCUCAUGACAGGCACACCUAGUCAGACAGUCACUGAGAAUCCCAAACCCCCCAAAACCAAGGAGAAGGCAUCCCAGAAGUCCUUCACGACCUUUGACCUGGAGAAACUCCACACCCAGUUAGACAGCCAGUUGUCUGACCGAAGUGUAGGAAGUCGGUUGUCCAAUGCAAGCACCGUGUCCAGUCGGAUGGGACAUACCACUACGUCACGCGUCAGUAACGUCUCCGGCUCAGUCUCCGGACGUCCUCCCUUCAAACCCUGCUAGCCACGUCCUGUCUAUUCCAAGGUCAGAUUCUAUUGAAGACCAAGAAAGACAACUCUAUUUCAAGAAACAUACUAUACAGCAGAGUUGUCACCCUUAUGCCAUUUUCAUUCUGCUGGACUUGGAAAUGCACUCAAAUUCAUCAAAAAAAAACUUGAUGAUGUCUUAAUAUGAACUUAUUGAUGAACUGUUUAUUUUGAGGAGUACAAAUCGACGGAUUUGCACGCCAUUGAAAAUGUGUUCUAUCUAACCAGUGACCACAUUAUUCCAUUUCGUCUUGUCCGAUGAAAAACUUUGAUUUUGCACAGUCUUAUGAAAGGUACACUUUGUCACUGGUGCAAUAUAAUCACGCGAACCAUGAGAAUGAAAGAGCUCAUCAAUGAAACUGUUGAUUGGAUUAUUGAUUAUGUCUUGAAACUUUUAACGUAAAUUGUAAUUAGUUGUAAUUAAUUUUUUUUUAACAACGAAUAAGAAAAAUGUUCAAUCAAAAACAUUAUUAUACACAAAAGUGUGUAUAUUUGAACUUUUAAAAGCUCCUGUAUUCUUGAUAAACGUAGUUUUAGCCCAUCUUAUGCACUAACUCUCAGAGAUCCGUCCAAAUGUAUAAACCAGAGAGGAAGAAUUUCCCGGAUUUUAGUGGUGUGAGAGAGAAGACUAAUGUCAGGAGUGGUGAGAGAUCUGAAUGACUGUGAAUGUAAUUAUUUAUUUUUGUGAUUAAAACUUGUGUAUUCAUGUUUACAAA